AUGCCCACAGAAAGCGGGAGCUGUUCAACUGCUCGCCAAGCAAAACAGAAACGCAAAUCUCAUAGCCUUUCUAUACGAAGAACUAACAGCACUGAACAGGAGAGGACGGGUUUGCCAAGAGAAAUGUUAGAAGGACAAGAUUCUAAACUGCCUUCCUCAGUUCGCAGUACACUUUUGGAACUGUUUGGUCAAAUAGAAAGAGAAUUUGAAAAUCUUUAUAUUGAAAACUUAGAAUUGCGUAGAGAAAUUGAGACUCUUAAUGAGCGUUUAGCUGCUGAAGGACAAGUGAUCGAUGGGGCAGAACUGAGUAAAGGCCAACUGAAAACUAAAGCCAGUCACAGUACCAGCCAGCUUUCUCAGAAGCUGAAGACCACUUACAAGGCCUCCACUAGUAAGAUUGUCUCCAGCUUCAAGGCCACCACAUCAAGGGCUGUGUGCCAGCUUGUGAAGGAAUACAUCGGCCAUAGGGAUGGCAUCUGGGAUGUCAGUGUGGCGAAAACACAGCCCGUGGUGCUGGGGACUGCAUCUGCUGAUCACACAGCUUUGCUGUGGAGCAUUGAGACAGGGAAGUGCCUCAUCAAGUACAUUGGCCAUGUGGGAUCAGUAAAUUCUAUAAAAUUUCACCCAUCAGAGCAGUUGGCUCUCACUGCUUCUGGAGACCAGACUGCUCACAUUUGGAGAUAUGCGGUUCAGCUGCCGACACCCCAGCCUGUGGCUGACACUAGUAUAUGUGGCGAGGAUGAAGUUGAGUGCUCUGAUAAGGAUGAGCCUGAUGUGGAUGGCGACGUGUCCAGUGAUUGUCCUACCAUCCGGUUGCCAUUGACUUCCCUUAAGAGUCACCAGGGAGUAGUCAUAGCUGCUGACUGGCUGGUUGGGGGGAAGCAGGUGGUGACGGCCUCCUGGGACCGAACAGCAAACCUGUAUGACGUGGAGACAGCGGAGCUCGUUCACUCUCUGACAGGGCAUGACCAAGAACUCACGCACUGUUGUACACACCCCACCCAACGGCUCGUGGUAACCUCCUCCCGUGACACGACCUUCCGCUUGUGGGAUUUUAGGGACCCGUCCAUCCACUCUGUGAAUGUUUUCCAGGGUCAUACGGACACCGUGACCUCUGCCGUGUUCACCGUGGGGGAUAACGUCGUUUCAGGCAGUGAUGACCGCACAGUGAAGGUCUGGGAUUUAAAGAACAUGAGAUCCCCCAUUGCAACCAUUCGUACGGAUUCUGCCAUCAACAGGAUCAAUGUAUGCGUUGGCCAAAAAAUCAUCGCCCUCCCCCAUGACAACCGACAAGUCAGAUUGUUUGAUAUGUCCGGCGUGCGGUUGGCACGGCUCCCCCGCAGCAGCCGGCAGGGCCACAGAAGAAUGGUGUGCUGCUCGGCGUGGAGUGAGGACCACCCCACCUGCAAUCUAUUCACCUGUGGGUUUGACAGGCAAGCCAUAGGCUGGAACAUCAACAUCCCUGCAUUGUUACAGGAAAAAUAA